UCUCUCGAUUUUGUUGCCAAUAAGACUUUGUUGUAGCGUCCGACGUCAUUAAUGUGGUCUGGAAAGCGGCGCGCGAGGCUCCGCUCCGCGGUGGUUAAUUGCGUUCACCACCCGCUGGCAACUUGUUAAUUUAGCCCAUUGAGUGUUGUUAGUAUUCCUACACAGUGAGCCGUCUACUCGCGGUCGGGACGGCUGGGUCGAGUCUCCCGCUUUUAUGAAUGACUAGCGAGGCGGGGGAAUGCCAGUUAGCGCGACCGGGCUCCACUGGGACCAGCCGCCGAUGAGCGAUUCACGGCGGAGCGGAGCCGUGGCUCACUGCGGAAAAAGACGAGCCUGACUGCCGCAGACUGGCGUGCGAACGCACCGUGAGGAGGACACGCUCGCGUAGGGCAGCAACGGCACCGUGACCGCAAUGUCCAUUCACAUUGUGGCUCUGGGGAGCGAGUGCCCCGGUGGAGUCGGCCAAGGGGAAGAAAUCAUGGGCCAGGGCCAGCUGCAGGGAGGCCUGCUGUGGAGCUACCUGGGCCAUGGUGCGCUGGUGGGCCCCAGUGACUUGGAGAGCAGCUUGCAUAACCCAGCCUUCAUGGAGUACACUUCACGUGUCUUUGGAGACGUUACCAUUGUGGUCCAGGAUUGUCCCAGCUGGGACUUGUUGGACAGUGACUGGGCCAGCGUACGUAAAGUUCUUGAGCAGGCGGACAUUCUGGUCAUCAAGUAUUCAGUGACUGACAAACUGGCCUUCCAGCAGGUCAGGAAUGGAUAUGCCCCAAGACUCCGCCCACUUCUUAGGCACUGGGGAGUGCCUGUUAUCUUGGUGGCAGUUGGAGCUAGGCUGAACGACGAGGGUCCUCCCUGUACUUGUCCGCUGUGUGCAUCUGACUGGAGCAGCUGCGUGCCUCACAGUGAAGGUCUGCAGCUGUCCCGGGACCUGGGGGCCACCUACCUGGAGUUACCCUCGCUUAACCAUGUGUUCGUCGGUCGCUACUUUGGCAGCGUGCUGGAGUACUUCAUGAUCCAGUGCCUGAAACACAAAGCCAAAGAGAAGCCAGAAAAGAGGCGAGGAAAUAAAGUCCACGAGCUUCGCCCGCCUCACUUGGAACAACCAGCUUCCACUUCCACUUCCCUUUGCUCAGCUCGUCUUCCUCCAAUUCGAGUGGAGGAGUCAAGCUUCUCCCAAGACAUGCAGUGGUUGUUGGAGCGUGGCGUGCAGUUUGCCGACGUGGCCUUCUAUGCAGGAGACUCCGGGAAAGAACUGGGAUGGGCUCACGCAUCCGCACUCUGCGCUGUCAGCCCGUAUUUCCGACAGCUGCUCCUGGGGCCUAAGACCAGGGAACGGCCGCAGUCACGGUGUGUCUGCAGGGAGAGGGAUGGAGGCCCGCACUCGUUACUCUCCACCUGGGACGGCGGAAUAAUUGAUGACAUGCCUCGAUCUGAGGGACAUCUGGCUGGUCGCCUCUCUCGUCUGGUCGUGAAGGAUCCCCUCUUGUGCAUGUGCUUAUGGGAAACUCUCAUGUUCAUUUACCGAGGUGCGUGGGAGUGGGAGCACCUCCAGGAGGCCUUGGAAGAGAAGCUGAAGAACUCGCUUGCAGUGGCUCAGCUUAUGGAGCGCAUACGAUCACUUAUUGGCAGAGAAAGGGGCACCAGAGACACCCCGAGUGUACGCGCUUCCCAGCUUGGCCCCCAGACUCUCGUCAACCUCUUCAAUUCCCCUCUUUAUUCGGAUGUCAUCUUCAUGGUGCAGGGGAGUGUAUUGCCAGCCCACCGAGCAGUGCUGGUAGCACGCUGUGACGUCAUGGCGGCCAUGUUUAGCGGGAAGUACGCAGAGGCCCGGAGUCGAGUGGUGCCAAUCCAUGGCGUCUCUUCAGAUACCUUUCUGUCAUUCCUGGAGUACCUCUACACUGACUCUUGUUGUCCUGCCAGCGUGUUGCAGGCCAUGGCCGUGCUGGUGUGUGCAGAGAUGUACCAGGUGAAACGGCUGCAGCAUCUGUGCGAAGUGUGUGUGUGCGCUUACCUACAGAGUAUGCCCAGUAGAGAGCUGGCGUCAACUGGCAUCAGCGUGAUUCGACUCCUCCGACAGGCAAAGUGUCACAAUGCAGAGCAGCUGUACGUGUGGCUCCUCCACUUCAUCGCCAACAACUACCUGAUCUUCAGUCACAAACCUGACUUCCUGGAGCUCUCUGUCUUCCAACUUCUGGCACCUGUGAACUUCUAUUCCAGCCCAGGACGACAUUGCACAAAUAUUUCAUGAGACCCGACAAAUUCUCUAUUGGAUUUAGGUCCGGGCACUGAGCUAGCCACUCCAUAGUGUUAAUCUUGCUGCUGUGAAACCAAGAUGAGGCAUGUAGUUUGAAAUAGACAUGCCUCAAUUAAUCAGAGUCUGUCUUCUACCUAAAAUGACCCCCUGCUCAGACUCCAAAAAAUAAAAUAAAAAUCACUAACAGUGCCAGUGCCAUGCAAUUUAGAAGACAUCAUAACCAAACUAACAGUGGUGGCGUUUUAAAUCUUGAUGCAUUGCGCACACACACACAUUUUUAUGGGACACACAAUAUACGGUUUAAUAUACAAUACUACUGUUCAAAAGUAAGCCAAGACAAUUUCAUCUUUUCCAUGAAAACAGCCAUUGUUUGGGGUCAUUUAGAAAUGUCUUUCCCCCCCCCUCAUUAACGUCUCGACUGUAUGAUUAACUUAUCGUAUUGGGGAAAAAAGUGACUUUCUUUUAAAAAAAAAAAAAAAAAAAACUUUUCCGAAAGUUUUAAACAGUAGUGUACAUACAUUACUAUAUCUGUAUAUCUACAUAUACGUACAUGAGUGCUUUUCUUACAAAAAUACGGACAUUUCUUGGUGACUUUUGAACAGUACAUAUGUAUUGUCGCAUUUUAAGUACAUUAAUAACAUUAAACUAAAAGUUCAAAAAUAUAUAUAUUAACAGUAUUAAUAAAUGACAAAAAUUCAUUUGUACUAAUAAAAGCCUCCUCUUUAAUAUAGACAUAUUACCUUUAAAAACAUACAACUCUGCAGUUGAGUAACUCAAAGGAAAACUGCACUGUGGUCUCAGCGUUAUAUUUUAUUAUCAUUCCUAAUACACACAAGGCUGAUUUUUAGUUGGACGGGCACAAGAGAAAGUCAAAGGUCAAGAGAGAGACUAAAGAAGUUGUGAUACAGCAACAUGGAUGUGAGAUUGUAUAUAGUAGUGUAUAUGUGUGUGUGUUCCAGAAGAGGAGCGUGAGCAGGUGGAGAGGCUGCGCUGGCCGUCCAGAGGUUAUCUGCAGGAGCUCAGCGAGUACCAGCAGCGGCGACGCAAACUACG